ACAAGUAAGAUGUCUUCUUACCCAAUCCAAUUAUCCUUACUUUAUCCUAAAUUCUAUCAAUAUGGUACAACAUUGUCUCUAAGAACCAGUUUGGUUUCAUGUCUGGCAGAUCGACUAUAGAGGCCAUUCACCUCGUGAGGAGAUUAAUGGAAGAGUAUAGGGCUACGAAGAAGGACCUUCAUAUGGUGUUUAUUGAUCUUGAGAAGGCGUACGAUAGGGUGCCAAGGGAGGUCUUAUGGAGGUGCCUUGAGAUGAGAGUUGUUCCCAUCGCGUACACUCGCGCGAUCAAGGAUAUGUACGAUGGGGCUAUGACUAGGCCUUUUUUUGUUCGCCUUGGUGAUGGACGUCCUAACUCAAGGUGUUCAAGAAGGGGUCCCAUGGUUUUCGCGGAUGAUAUUGUGCUUAUCGACGACGCACGUGAGGGACUAAACGAUAAGUUGGAACUAUGGCGCCUGGCCCUUGAGACUAAAGGAUCCAGAAUAAGUAGGAACAAGACUGAAUACGUGGAAUGUCGUUUCAGCGGCCGGGAAACAGAAUCAGAAGUGGAUGUUAGGAUUGACUCUCACCUAGUACCUAAGGUAGACAGGUUUCGAUAUCUUGGCUCAGUAAUUCAGGCUGAUGGGGAGUUAGACGGGGAUGUUGGACAUCGUGUUGGAGUGGCUUGGGCCAAAUGGCGGUUGGCUUCAGGGGUGUUGUGUGAUCCGAAGAUUUCGCCCACGAUGAAACACUACAAGAAUUUGUCUGGUCUGCAACGGAAAUCUGCUACGGACCUAUUUCCGUAGUGGAUCUGCAACGAAUCUGCGACGGACGAAUUAUUUAUGAAAAAUGAAAGUAAUCUGUGACGGAAUUUCAUAUUCCGUCGCAGAUCUGCAACGGAAAAUAGAGUACUGUCGCAAAUCUGGAGACGACCAAGUUGGUCAAAUUUUUCACAAAAUAUCUGCGACAGUUUAAUUAUUCCGUCGCAGAUCUACAACGGAAUCUGCUACGGGCAAUGUUCCGUCGCGGAUUUUUAAUAAAAAUAGGGAUCUAAG